AGGAUAUCGGCCUAUCCGAGGUUUCGUCAUACAGGGUCAUCAUCCAACAGAUGUAUAAAGAAUGCCUUAAUUAUGACGUGCUCAUGAGGGUGUACGGCCAACUAGACACCGGCAAGCUACACCAAACUAAGGCGACGAUUAUUAAGAAAAAGCAGAGCGACUAUAAAGCAGCAUACCCGCUCAGCCUAAAAAAUGGGGAGAAGAAAGAGACACAGUCGGCGAUUGACGCCAGAUAUAGCGAGGCCUAUAAUAACAGCCUUGUUAAAAAAGUUGAGGGAGGGAUCUCACGACUGUCUGAGCCGACUGCAAAAAAGAGCUGCAAGAGGAAGGGCGCUGACUGCAAGCCAUACGAAGGGCUUUUCAAGGCGACUCUAAAUUUAAGCAAUUAUCUUACCACGUGGGAAAUUCAGGAUCUGCGGGAAAACGUCUUGAGCGGUGAUAAGAUAUAG